GUCGGACACAUUUUCCUACGCGCCGACCACGAUGGAGAAAGACCACUUUACGUUCACCGUGGGGAAAUUAGAUGCAGGAAUGGCGGUACGACUAAUGAUCCACGUCGCUUCACGGUUUACACUGCCGCUCUCCAGAUCCUUCUCGGCGAACGCGCCCACCUUAUCGAAUUUCCUUCCGUCCUCCUCCCUCCCGGUGCGAACACUGGAUCCAUCGUCAACAUCUCUGUCCUACAGAAUCACGCUGAAGAGAAAAGGAGAGACGCCGCGUUUUGGGCGUUGCAGGAUGAGAUACACAAAGAGUUUGGAGUGCGAACGCCUGAGCCACCGAAACUCCAGCUGCGAAAUGUGACUCAGACGUCCGUGACGCUCGAGUGGCCGUCCAUCGAGCUGGCGACGGCCAAAUUGCGAUCAUUAGACCUCUACCGCAACGGCCAGCGCCUCGCGCCAAUCCCGAACCCGGCAACCAACACUUCUAGUAAGAUCUCGGGGCUGGAGCUUGACGCCGAGUACACAUUCCAGCUUAUCCUGCGCACGACGGCGGGGACAUUCCCCUCGGAGCUGCUUCGUGUACACACGCACACCAUGACCGAUACCUCUGGCGUACGCGUAUGCUUCGGGACCGUCGACGAUGCAGGGCUUGUCGAGCAGGCCAAGGAGGCCCUGGAGCGCAUCGACGCGCGGUGGAGCGAGAAGAUCGAGAUUGACACGACGCACUUCGUAUGCACCACCCCGAAUACGCAUACACCGACUGGCGUGCCUGAGGUCGAGUAUCAGCGUGCUGUGCAGCUGAGCAUACCUAUUGUCCAGCCGCAUUGGAUCUUUGCAUGUCACUCUGAGCGUCGAUUGGUUCCUAUCGCGCAGUUUGGACUGGGAGCAACACCGCCUAACGCGCUACCCUCUCGGCGCCCACAGUCAAUGUCUGCCGCAUCUCCCUCCCAACGCUCGCCCGCCAGCGUAGCCGCUAUGCGACAGUCAAUGCCACCGAGCGUCUCGCCCAUUGAUCAGCCUUCGACCUUCGUAGGACAGUCGGCCAGCAAUUCCCCACCACCAACCGUGCCGGUCGUCACUAUCGAAGAAGCUCACUCGGAGGAUGAAGAAACUGACGUGGCUGAACUGGAGGCGAAACGACUCGCCUUGAUGGAGAAGCGGGCAAGCAAGACCGGGACGAUGAACAUGCAGUUCAAAUUCCCGCCUACGUCUCCAACAAGUCCUGGCCCUGAGAAUUCCGAUGCUGCGGAUGGGCCCGUUGAGCCAGAGAGCAUUGAGGUUCCGCCGCCGCCGGUCGUGGAGAAAGAGACAGUAUCUGAUGUGAGGGCUGAGGGUGAGGUAGAUGACGAUCUGGGUGAGACAGAGGACAUCCCGUUGUAGUCAGUAACCUCUCUGAUCCCUUUACUUUCUCCUUCAGCUUUAGCACUACUCUAAUCAUCACCCAUGUACUUUUCGUCUGGUGAUUGUGCUUCCCAGGGGAUGAUUCGGAGGACUGACUGCAAUGGGAUCACGUCACGGGUAACAAGCUUGUCUCCCUUGCUUCGAGCUCUGGUGGUGGUGAUAUUGCGAUCCGUCAUGGAAGGUCAGGAAAGGAACACUACAUUUCGCGUCAAAACAAUAUACAUGGCUUCCUGCUGACGCUUCGUGGUUACUUCAUCGCAAAUGGGAAAACUGGACUAAACGAGGCCCAAAGCCAUGCGCCGCGACACGAUGUUUUACCUCCAGGUUCUUCAGCAGUAACCUCUGGUCUGCUAAAAACGCUCGCAUCAGAACACGGACGCGAUGCUUGGACGCGAUACAACACCUCUGCGUCCCAUCAUUCGUUUGCCGACUACCAAUAGCACGCAAACUACUCGGAGAUCAGCCUUGCCAGUCAGAAAACCCAAUCUCAAAGUGGAUGACCCAGCGAGUCCGAACGCGAAUGUGAAAACUGUGAACGCGAGGUCAAAAAUGGGCGCCUCUCAGGUGGAAACCCGGUCGCAUUUCGGUCGCAUACUCAGCUCUUCAUCACAGGGCGCUGCGUCUGGACCUUCGGUCACCCGCACUUCGGCGAAGGCUGCUGUAGAGACGGAGAUCACAGAAACAGGCAUCCCGGCGACUUUUCCUGCAGAGCCUUCUCGAUCUAUUCCAGCUCUUUUCUCCGCUGCUUCCACAUCGUCCAGGACACCUCGUCAUCCAUGAGGCCAGCAUCACCGCCAACUCGUUUGCGCGUGCCUUCAACGACAACGCGAAGUGCUGUCCUCUUCCCAACAUCGGCACCGUCCGAAGUGCCAGCUCCCUCAGGCCCGCCGAUCAACCGCCCCAGCGCUCCCAACACCUUCCACGAAGUUGUCACCGGCGUCAUCUCGAUCACGCGCGCCUUCGAUGAAGGCACCAGGUGUCGCGCUUCCGAAAUCGACUUCGUCUACCGCAUUAAGACGGGAUGCGACACCAAUGCCCGCUCGGACUGCGUCCAAUCCAUCCAGCGUUUCGCUGAAAACCCCAUCAGCGCUUCAUUCGAUUUCCAAGCUGAAAUCACCGACAACGCUUGUGAAAAUGGGUGCAUCCAGCCCGACAGGGACAGCGACGUUACGAGGGAGGAUGAUAUCGGCCGCUGCUAUAUCUGCACCGCGUAAAUCCGCAGUUACGACUUCGAUUUCCCGCGCCAGGACGCUAUCGAUGGUGGGUGCAGGAUCAAGCAGCCAGCAGCCUUCGCCAAUAACUCCGGUUCCGACGAGCUCUGGAGCGCGCAUGCGUUUUACCAGUGUGGCCGGCGAAUCUGCUGCCGUCGCACCGCCGGUCGUACGCACAAGAGCGACCGCCACAGUUGGCGUGAGGCCUGGCAAACCGCCCAGUUCGUUGCCCGCGUCGGCGAAGACGUCUAUUGCGCGUGUGACCACAAGUUCCGUCACUUAUAGCAUCGCCGCCGACCCUGAUUUGUCGACCGCGACUAUGACGAUGUCUGCUCCUGCCUCGAGGAAACCCAGCUCCACAUCCAAGCUGGCUGCUUUUACAACUCAUACUGGAGCCAACGGAAGCAUGUCCAAUGCUGUUUCGAGUCCCAGUGCAAAACCUCUGCCGAAGACUCCCUGACUCUAACGACAUCUGGUCCCAAUAAAACUACAGCAGCACUCACCCAACCUCUCGCGAUCAGCCAAGACAAGAUCUAGUCUGCAAUCCCUCGGACAAAGUCUGCCGCGGCGCUGUCAUCAUUGUCCGCACGCAAGAGAGUUCCACCAAGAAUAGUCAUUGAUACAUCUUCCCUGCCGUCUCGUGUGCAGCCCAUCUCACCAUCGUUAUCCAUGAGACGAACGUCACCCCGACCGCCGCCGAGCCCUUCAUCCCCGACACACGCAGCUGCAUUUGCCUCUGCACGGAGCGUCUUUCAUAGAGGGCACGACAAUAGCGUUGCUUCUACCGGUCUUGUAGCCUCUGGCACUGGCUAUCGAUCGAAGUCCUUAUCGCCAUCUCCAACACCGGCAAGGCUGUAUCUCGGAAAAUUAUCGCCGACAUCAGCAGGAAACCGGCAGUGUCCUACGCACCGCCGUCGGAUACUUCUUCCGAAUAUUCAGACUGGCGGUAGGUUUGCGGAUUUUUGUCCAGGACUCUAGGGAUCAGGAUAAAUAUAUAUGUGCUAUAAUUAUAAGGAUAAUCCACGAAAUGACAUCCAGUGUUGCUCAGAA